ACUUACGUAAAAUGAUAUCCCAAUCUAAAUCAAUCCAUCUGGAUGUAAUCUGUUAGCUCUGGAUCUAAUCUGAUUUCUUAAUUCGAGUGUUUUUUUUAUUCCAUUUCAUAGCGAGACCGUGUGAUUUGGCGAUUCGGUUGGAUGUAUAAUCCAGUGCCGAUGCGUUUCCGAUAAGAUCCAAACGGUUAUCUGAUCCGUCUCGAGCUUCGGCGUCCCGCGAAGGCCAAGGGGCAAGGGCUCAACCCUCCCCUUUCCGGCACGUCGUUCCCUCCCGGCCCGCCGUUACCCGCUCGAUGGAGGAGAACGCGGAUUGCCUAAAACCCUAAACCCUUGCUCGCCGAAUCGAGGGCAUCUCCACCGCCGCUGCUCCGCGGUCAAGCGGCAGUAUGCCGUGGCCCGUCUACCUCCUCCGCCGUCCCUCGCCUCUGCGAUCGGCGUCCCCGGCGGUCCGCCUCCUCUCGCAGUCGUGCGGCGUCCUCAAGAAGCAGGAUCGCGUCCGCGAUCAUGGGUUCGACAAUUACAUGGAGGUACACAAGAAGGUCCGGAAGGUCCUCAAGUUCCAGGAGCUCAUCCAGAGCCAGCCCGGCCGCAGCAUCUGCGUUGCCCGCCUAGACUCCCUCGCCCGCCGCCUCGGCUUCCGCCAGUUCGAGUCCGGCGCCUUCAUCCUCCGAUUCCCUCACGUCUUCGACGUCUACGAGCACCCCGUCCAGCGCAACCUGUGGUGCCGUCUGACCCGCUCUGCUUCUCGUCAGAUCGCCGCCGAGUCCUCCGCCCUCGCCGCCCAGCUCCCCGACGCCGUCAUCCGCCUCCGCAGGCUCCUCAUGAUGUCGAGCACCGGCCGCCUCCGCCUCGACCACAUCCGCGUCGCCCGCUAUGACCUCGGCCUCCCAGACGACUUCGAGCAGUCGGCCAUCCUCGCGAACCCUAGCUUCUUCCGCGUCUGCGGCAGCGCCGGUGGCCCGAAGUUUGUCGAGAUAGUCGAUCGGGACCCUGAAUUGGCCUGCUGCGAGAUCGAGCGGCUGCGGGAGCGGGAGUACCGUGAACGGGGGAAGGACGCGGAGAGCAUCCGCUUCUCCUUCAUCGUCAAUUUUCCUCCCGGGUUCAAGAUCAGCAAGUACUAUAAGAUCGCCGUGUGGAAAUGGCAGCGACUGCCGUACUGGUCGCCUUACGAGGACGUCAGCGGCUAUGAUCUGAGGUCUCUCGAGGCGCAGCGGCGGAUGGAGAAGCGGGCGGUGGCCACCAUACACGAGCUGGUCUGCCUCACUGUGGAGAAGAAGAUCACAUUGGAGAGGAUCGCCCAUUUCAGGAACGAGUUCAAUUUGCCAAAGAAACUGAAGGAUUUCCUACUCCAGCAUCAGGGGAUCUUCUACAUCUCGACGAGGGGGAACCAUGGCAAGCUUCACACGAUCUUCCUCCGUGAGGCGUAUCGCAGAGGAGAUUUAAUCGAGCCUAACGACUUGUAUAUGGCCAGGAGGGGUCUGAUCGAUUUGAUCCUUGCGGGCCCAAGGAAGACGAGAAUGGACAGAGAGCUCUGCCAUUUCAGGAGGGAUAGGGAGGACGACGAUGGAUUUAGACGGUACAUUGACGAUAGUUGUAGGCGGGAUUUGGAAGAGGAGAUUCCCCGAGUUGGAUUUGAAAGUGGGGUAGCUCUUAGUGGCGGUGAAACAUGUGUUAAUGAUGAAGAAGGUGGAGACAUGCAUUUGAGCUUUCAGGAAGAAGGGAAUUUGGAAUUGAGUGGUGAAGAGAAGUCUGGCUGCGAGUCAGAUUAUGUGAGCUCUGAAGACAGUGAUUAUGGGGAAGAUGGUGACAGCAGUAAGGAUGGGGAUUCCGCCGAGGAAAUGGCGUAUGAUGGAAGCUAUGGUAAAUAAUGUCGUGCUACUACGGACAGAAGAUCAAAUGUACCUUGAGAACGCCUGCUACAGUUGCUACUGGUGCGUUGUUUGUGGGGACGCGCUUUGACACCACACGGAUUGGAAAAAAUCAUCGGAAGAAGGCGGAAAUAUUGGUCGGGAAAAUCCUGGAGGCUUUCCUAACGCGUCGGAUAUGCUGCACGUAUGCUGUUGUAAAACUCAGAGGCACUUUCUCUGGGCACUGAGUAAAGUCUUCUCUUUACUUUGGCCUUGCUAUAGAAGCAAGAAGCCCUAAAUAUUGAAGUCUUGUAAAGAAAAGCUCAAGGCUUGGUCUGGGGAAAAUUUAUAUGAGGAUGGACUAACAGAUUGCUUGCUAACAUACAGUUACAAUCCAAGCAAAAUUCAGAGCAGGAAGCUAAAUGUACUGAUUCCUAUGUAUAUCUCAUUGAUGGGAAUGGUCUUUCACGCCGAGUAUGCAGUCAGAAUUGCUGGCCGAAAGUCAUUUUUCAUAAAGGUUCUGAUAGCUUUUUCGUCGAGGAAGCAUUUUGAUAGCCUUCACUUGAUGUGUGUAGCAGGUUUUUGACUUACUGCUUUCGAUGGUCUUGUUGAUUUAUCAUAAACUUCAAGUAGGGACUACACUGUGUCUGCUGCUGAAGGUUGUAAUUCUUGCAAGAAAUGACCUGUUCCUGCCAAAAGUUUGAUGGUAUUUUACCCGAAGGACAGCACUUCAUUGAAUUGGGAGGCACCGGUUAACAGCGUCAGCUUGAUAUAUUUUUUCCUUUCUUUGCUAAUCGAUUGGUAUGUCAUAUCGUAUUUGCUGUAUUGGUCGCUCUUCUUUCCUGAACAAGCCUCCAAAAGUUGGACACUGCUGAAGAAGUUUUGGGAAGCGAAACAGCAGUUAGCUACAGUAGCAAUCUGAACAAAGAUCUUGGCAAAGACUGAAGCUAAGUCGAAUGCUACUUGCUUUUUGCGUUUGCACAAUCCAUUCCCUAUCCACAGUUCCUCAGUUAAAGGUGUAUAUUCUUAAUUUGGUUUGAACCAUCGGAUAACUUAUUGCUAUGUUUGCUUGCACCAUAUUGUAGUUUCUGAUGUGUUAGUAAUUUAGUAUCAUCAAAUCGUUUGAUUAAGAAGAUCACAGUUAACCUGAAGUUGUGAUUGUAGCUCGUUGAAGCCGAAUAAUAAGAAUUCUUGGUUGGCUCUUUCA